UUUCCUAUUUUUUUCAGAAUCAUGUUGUCUAAUUGCAGAUCAUUUGCUUCAGAAUUUUCCCGUCGCUGUUUGACAUCAAGUAUUUUUUGCAACAAUGAUAAUAAUCAGCAGGUUUAUUUGUUUGUACAGAACCGAUGUGUGCAUCAAGCCUCUAAAAUGUCUGAAACAACCCAUUUAACGAACAAGAUGGUUCGGAUGAAACGAAUGAAUAUGUUUGACGCUGAAAAGAAAAGACAAAUGAAUUUAGUUUCCAGAAUAGAGAAGAUCGCAGUACAGUACGAGGGACAGCCUGAGGAUGCGCUGCUGUACAUGAACAAGAACCUAUCUACGCCGUACAACGUGUGCCAGCAUCUGGGGGAGAUGUUGAUUGAUAGAUCUGCAUUGGCCCUGGUAAACGGUCAGCUCUGGGAUAUGAACAGACCGCUGGUUGAAGACUGUACACUAAAACUUCUACAUUUUCACUGCGAUGAACCAUUUCAUGUCAACAAAGCUUUUUGGAGAUCUUGCUCUUUUAUGCUCAGUGCUGCCGUAGAGAGAGCAUUCAAAGACGACAUUUACGUCGAGCUUCACAGUUUUCCUGCUCCCAACGUGGCGAGUGGAAGUUUUGUGUGCGACGUUGAUCUUAAGUUAGGCCAUGACUGGACACCAACUAAACAGGAGAUGAUGGUUUUUUCUUCAAUAAUGCACAAACUGGCAGAGGAAAACCUACCCUUUGAGCGGCUAGUGGUUGACCCUAAGCUGGCAGCAGAGAUGUUUAAAGAUAACAAAUAUAAAUCGGCUCAGAUCCCAAAUAUUGCGGAGAACUACGAAAAUAAGAUAACAUUAUAUAAGAUUGGAGAUCACGUGGAUAUUUCUGGUGGUCCCAUGGUCGGCAGCACCAAAUUCUUAGGGCGAAGAUGUACAGUGCCCGUUGCCCACAAAAUAUCACAUAACAAUGUAUCUAUGUACAGAUUCCAGGGUGUAGCACUGCCAAAGGAUAUGUACCUGAACCACGUGGCUUUCCACAUACUGGAGGAGAGAGCAGCUCAGCUCAACCCUGCAGGAUUACAUACAACUCAACCUGUAAAUCUUAGUUAAACCUCAUCCUCCCAUUCUGCAAGAUGACAUACAACUCGACCUGUAAAUCUUAGUUAAACCUCAUCCUCCCAUUCUGCAAGAUGACAUACAACUCGACCUGUAAACCUUAGUUAAACGUAAACCUCUUCCUUCCAUUCUGCAACUCAACCUGUAAACUCAACCUCAUCCUUACACCUGUAAACCUUGGUUAAACCUCCACAUUUAAAACCUAGACAUUUUGGCUAAAUAACUUCCAUCUAAUCAAUGAAAAUACAGCUUUAAGAUCAAUGGAGAGGGGUAUUCCUGUUUCAGAACAGUAUUCUUUUAACGUUAGUUUUGUCUGAGGAAAAAUGAAGUUAAUAUCAUUCUUUUUCUUUCUAAAUUUUACAACUUUUAUUUGUGGUUUCUCUGAGUAUUUUUUUGCAGCAAACUAACUAUGUUAUUUGCAGUGUUUAAUACUUGUAAUCUGGAGAAAACGACGAUAUCUCCCUAAUAUUGUUUAGAUGCAGGUUAAAUGGUACUGUUGUGAAUCAGGCAGGCUACUCUAUAAAGAAAUGGUGUCCUAAAAUAAUGUGUUUAGUCCCUUGAAAACCAAGUGUGUUCAUAUGAAGUAAUUUUGUCUCAAUGCUCAUACAAAAAGGUCAAAUUU